UGUUUCGAUUAAUGCAGGGUAUUUUGGUAAUUUACGGUCAUCAUCCUGCAAAAUCCGAAGCCGCCGAUUGAUACACCGCCGUAACUUGUUCAUCUAUUAUUCAAAAUUACGAGGAAUCAAUAGAUUCGACACCGGUGUAUCUCUUGCAAAAAGUUUUCCUAAGAACCAAAUAUUUCCAAUUUUUAUAAAACUUACACACGGCCGAUCAAUCUAUUUUACGCGCCGCUUUCUGCAAUACCCCACGCCACGGUUUUGACUUGAGAAACUCGGGCUUGCGGGUGGAAUAACACCGAACCAAGAUUUCUCGGCCAGGAGUGGGAAACAAUAAUGAACAAGAGGAAAAACUGGAAGCUUGUUCCCCUUGUUAAUGCAAGCACCCAAAAGAAGAUGAAGCCUGGCACGAAUCUUUCUCUGUUCAAGAGAGAUAUCGAUGAACUCAUAGACGAGUUUGUAGAGGGUGAUUUGACAACGUUUGAUGAUAUGAAGAGGGUGUGGCUAUCCCGAAAGUUUUCUUACAUAUAUGAAGCCUUCCCUACCACCAACUUAGCUUUUUUCAUUCAGUCACUUUAUGCUCAUACCAUUGGUCACAUGCUUAGUAUUGAUUCUUUUUCACGGAGACUUGGAGGUCUUUACUGUCUCUAUUGCCUUCAUGAGAUCCAGCCUUUUAAACCCAAAUUCCGGAUUUAUAUCUCACUUCAGGAGCUUGGGAAAUUUAGGGAUCUUAUAGUUGAGGCAAAGGAAAAAAGUGUAGAGAUAGCUACUGCUGUGGGUAAACAGAUGCUUGAAAAGAAUGUGUUUAUAUUUGGAGCUGUGGACUUUGAUGAAGCGUCUACAACCGAGAAACUUCAUCAAUCGAUAGAGCUACAGAACUCGCUUGUGCGGUGUGCUUACACAAAGUUAACCUCUGAAACCGAGAUUGAGCAAUUCAUUCAUCUGGAUAUGGGUAAUGAAGUUGAUCUGAGCGCUCAACAUAAAAUGUCUAUAGAGUAUGCAGAGGCCAAGAAGCGUGCAAUGAAAAGUGCAGGAGAGAUAGUGGAGAUUGGGGACAUAAAGCACAUAGCGGAAGAGAAAGAGUUGAUGGGAGAGAGGGUUGAGAAACUGAAAGAGAAAUGGGAUUCACAAAAACUUUCAUUUUAUGAAAAAACCAAGUUUGAUGGUCUUGAUACGACACAGAAACUUCUGAAAGAUGUUGAACAUGAUUAUGAAGACGAUGACGGGUUUGGUGAGCUUGACCGCUUACUUUCAGAGAGCUGAUUUGGACAUUGCACUCACCAGUCACAUUUUCUAUGGAUGCCCUGCUGAUGAAAAAGCUCUCUGUAUAGACAUUGUCAAUUAAAGUUAAGUUUUGAUUUGGUAAGACAUCAAAUGUUUUUCUUCUGGUUCUGACAAUGAAGUUUUUAUUUUAUUCUAUCAGGUCAUAUCGGACUCGGGAGCUACAUGGGAUCAUAGGUUUUUUUUUUGACCAUCAUAUGUUUUUCUUAGUGAAAAUAUUACUUUUCUUACUAAGUGAAAAGACAUGGGAUCUUACUAAGUGAAAUAUAUUUUUGUCAUGUUUUCGAUUACAAAAUGUAUUAAAUUUAUCCAAUUUGAUAAAUGUUCUUAACUUGUAUUAAAUUCAUCCAAUUUAAUAAAUUUUCUUAACUUAAA